AUGUCAACAAUUCCUGUCAGCGAGUGGUCCGACCCAAGCUUAAACCUCGACCUAGAUGACCUUCCUAUAGAAAGAACGCUAGGCAUGAUUUGGAAUUGUCAACUAGACACUCUCCAGAUAAAAACGCGUAUGGUCAGAACAGUUAACACGAAAAGAGAUAUGCUUGCAGCCAUGUCCAGCAUUUUUGACCCCCUUGGAAUCUUAUUGCCAGUCACGACGAAGGUAAAAAUCUUGUUUCAAGAAACCUGGAGAAUCAACGUGGGCCAAGACAGCGUAAUAGGAUGGGAUGAAAGAUUAUCCACCACUAUCAGAGACAAAUGGCGAAAAUGGGCGGAUGAACUACCAUUAUUGAACACGCUGACAAUUCCACGCUGCAUCUUCUCAAAAUCUCAUUACAAAGGUACCAAUUCGAUCACGAUUCAUGUUUUUAGUGACGCAUCUGCGUCUGCGUUUGGUGCUAUCGCGUACAUGUGGACCACAAACGGUAAUGAAUCGGACGUCAGCUUUCUGAUGGCAAAGGCAAGAAUUGCACCAAUAAAAAAGGUGACGAUACCAAGGUUAGAGCUGCAAGCCGCAGUACUGGCCAUAAGGCUAGCAACCACGCUGAAAUCAGAACUCCGAAUCAAAGUUGACUAUAAAAUAUUCUGGAUAGAUUCUGAAAUUGUUCUAAGAUGGAUUAAUUCAAGCCAUUGUCUGUAUUCAGAAUUCGUAUCCAACAGGAUUAGCGAGUUGUUGGAUAAAUCGUCACCGGACCAGUGGCGCUUCGUUCCGGGUGAGAAAAACCCAGCUGAUUAUUGCACGCGAGGGAUACUUCCAUCAUCCUUCGAUCGGCACCAUCAAUGGCUAACUGGUCCGUCAUUUCUAAGACAGCCGGAAGAAAAAUGGCCAACAAAAUUACAACUGAAAGAAGAUGGUUGUGACGACGGGGAAUUCUUGCCAGCUCAACCGUUCAUUUCCAAUAUUAAUGUUAAUUUCUCCGAAAAUAAUCAAAUUUCUUCUCUUAUCAAAGAACUUCCUUCCCUAACGGAUCUGGAACGCGCCGUGGCAUCCAUCCAAAUAAAAGAAAGCGUCAACCCGGAUCGUGAAAUAGGUGUAGACGAGCUCGAGGCUGCCCUUAACACCUGCAUUCUGUUGGCGCAAGAGGAAUGUUUUGAAAAAGACAUAAAAUCGCUUCGGUCCCAUGGACGUGUCCACAGAAUGUCGAGCCUGCUAACCUUGAGUCCGUUCAUGGACCCAAGAGGCGUAGUGAGAGUAGGAGGUCGACUAAAUCAUGCCAACAUCCCAGAAUGCACGCGCCACCCAAUCAUCCUGAAGGAAGAUCACGUCUUCACUCUGUUGGUGGUGAAACAUUGCCAUUCGGUUGCCAAUCACGCCGGCAUUGAAAGAACUCUAGCUGAAGUGCGAUCAAGAUACUGGAUUUUAAAAGGAAGACGGACCAUCCGCGGAGUAGUUAAAAGAUGUGUCAUUUGCCGCAAAGUGAAAGCCAAACCGCAACAACCGAUGAUGGCAGCGUUGCCAAAAGAGAGACUCGAAGCCUUUUCGCCCCCUUUUACAAACGUCGGCGUGGAUUUCUUCGGUCCGAUGUACGUCGUGGUGGGUCGGAGAAGGGAGAAAAGGUAUGGUUGUCUAUUCACCUGCUUUGUAACCAGAGCCGUCCACCUGGAAAUCGCGCACAAACUUGACACUGACUCUUUUAUAAUGGCCUUUCGUCGCUUUAUUGCCAUCAGAGGCACGCCAGCAGUAGUUUUCAGUGACAAUGGAACAAAUUUAGUAGCCGGUGAGCGUGAAAUGCAAGCCGGGAUGGACAAUCUGACGCGGAAAGCUGCCAAAUGCCCAAAGGAAGAAAAGGACUGCAAUCUCGACCACAAGAAGAUAUCCGAAGAAAUGGCUAGAAGACGAUUAGUUUGGCGUUUUUCCCCUCCAUCAGCCCCCCACUUCGGAGGCGGGUGGGAGAGAAUUGUACAAUCAAGCAAAAGGGCACUACGAGUCGUACUACAAGAUAGGGCAGUAUGCGACGAGGUUCUGUUAACCACCUUCGCCGAAGUGACGUCAAUACUAAAUGGGAGACUUUUAAGCAAAGUGAGCACGGACGCGGACGAGCUUGAGCCGUUAACACCAAACCACUUCUUGCUACUCCGGCCGCAUCCGCAUAUACCACCCGAUGAGGAGAAAGCAUUCACUGGGCAUUCUAGGAGACGGUGGAAACAGGCGCAGUUUAUUGUGUACCGAUUCUGGAAAAUAUGGAUCGCUGAAUGUAUCCCGAACGGAAUCGAGAGGAAGAAAUGGUUCAAGGAGACUCGGCAACUUCAAUUGGGUGAUCAGGUCUUAAUCAUCGAUGAAAACACCCGACGUGGUGACUGGAUAUCUGGGGUUGUUACUAAAGUUAACAUCGGAGACGGGCAAAUUGUUCGCUCGGCCACCGUUACCACAAAAAACGGAACUUACACUCGCCCAGCAGUCAAAUUAUGUUUAUUAUAG